UCGGCCACUGGGCAUGCUCUGCGGCGCCGCAGGUUUUGGUCACAAGUAGGAAGCGGCUUGUGCACGACAACCGGCAAAGGGGAGAGGUUGCUAUUGCAGCCGCUGUCGUCGGGACGUGGGACUGCUUGGAGCCAGUGACCGGAGGAGGAGAGAGUGGACAAGGCACAAGGAAGCCACCGAGAAAGGGGAAAGCAGCCCGCCCCUGGAAUCUCCUCUUCUUCCUUCCCUCCUUCCCUCCCUCCCGUGGUUAGCCGGACGCCGGGGUCCCAUCACCUGGCCGGGAGGGAGCCCAGGCCCGGAGCUCCAGAACACUGAGAAUCAGCCGCAGCGUCCAGGAGCCGCUCGGCGGGGCGCCCACCUUGCGUCCCUGCCCUAAUCGGCAGCCGCAGCCCGGGAAGAGGAGGCGGCGGCUGUAACAGCAGCAGCAGCAGCAGCAGCAGCAGUAGCAGUAGCAGCACCGGGAGCAGCCAUGGGACUCCUGUCCCAGGGCUCUCCGCUUAGCUGGGAAGAGACCAAGCGCCACGCGGACCAUGUGCGCCGGCACGGGAUCCUCCAGUUUCUGCAUAUUUACCACGCCGUCAAGGAGCGGCACAAAGACGUGCUCAAGUGGGGCGAUGAGGUGGAAUACAUGUUGGUGUCUUUUGACCACCAGAAUAAAAAAGCACGUGUGGUCCUGAACGGAGAGGAAAUCUUAGAAGCAUUGCAAGAAAAAGGAGAAAGGAAAAAUCCAAACCAUCCAACACUUUGGAGACCAGAAUAUGGAAGCUAUAUGAUUGAAGGGACGCCAGGACAACCAUAUGGAGGAACAAUGUCAGAAUUUAACACAGUUGAAGACAACAUGAGAAAACGUAGGCAGGAGGCUUCAUCUCUUUUGAAAGAAAAUGAGGCUUUAUGCACUAUAACAUCAUUUCCCAGAUUAGGCUGUCCUGGGUUCACAGUACCUGACUACCAACCUACACCAGUUGAAGGAGGAGCUUCAAAGUCCCUGUUCUUUCCAGAUGAGGCAAUAAACAAACACCCCAGAUUCAGUACCUUAACAAGGAAUAUCCGACAUAGGAGAGGAGAAAAAGUUGUUAUCAAUGUACCAAUCUUUAAGGACAAGAAUACUCCAUUUCCAUUUAUAGAAACAUUUCCUCAGGAUGAUGAAGCCACUCAAGCAGCUCAACCAAAUCAUAUUUAUAUGGAUGCUAUGGGAUUUGGAAUGGGCAAUUGCUGCCUUCAGGUGACAUUCCAGGCUUGCAGUAUAUCAGAAGCCAGAUACCUUUAUGAUCAGCUGGCUACUAUUUGUCCAAUUGUAAUGGCUUUGAGUGCUUCGUCUCCUUUCUACCGAGGCUAUGUGUCAGAUAUUGAUUGUCGCUGGGGAGUAAUAUCUGCCUCGGUAGAUGAUAGAACUCGGGAGGAGAGAGGAUUGGAGCCUCUGAAGAACAACAGCUAUAGGAUUAGCAAAUCUCGAUAUGAUUCAAUAGACAGUUAUUUGUCCAAAUGUGGUGAAAAAUACAAUGAUAUUGACUUGACAAAAGAUAAAGAAAUCUAUGAACGCCUUUUAAAGGAAGGGAUCGAUCAUCUCCUGGCCCAGCACAUUGCUCAUCUCUUUAUUCGGGACCCCCUGACGUUGUUUGAAGAGAAGAUACAUCUAGACGAUGCCAAUGAGUCGGACCACUUUGAGAAUAUUCAGUCUACAAACUGGCAGACCAUGAGAUUUAAACCUCCUCCUCCCAAUUCGGAUAUCGGAUGGAGGGUAGAAUUUCGGCCCAUGGAGGUUCAAUUAACAGACUUUGAGAAUUCUGCCUAUGUGGUAUUUGUAGUCCUGCUAACCAGAGUGAUCCUUUCGUACAAAUUAGAUUUUCUCAUUCCCCUGUCAAAGGUCGAUGAAAACAUGAAAGUGGCUCAGAAACGAGACGCUGUCUUACAUGGACUCUUUUAUUUCCGGAAAGAUAUUUGCAAAGGUGGCACUGCUGUGGUGGAUGGCUGUAGUACAGCCCAGAAUGGUACAGAGACAGACACAGAAGAAUUCACUUUAAUGAGCAUAGAUACAAUCAUCAAUGGGAAGGAAGGUGCUUUUCCUGGCCUAAUACCAAUUCUAAACUCUUACUUGGAAAAUAUGGAAGUGGAUGUAGACACAAGAUGCAGCAUCCUUAAUUACUUGAAGUUAAUUAAGAAAAGAGCAUCAGGAGAACUGAUGACAGCUGCACGAUGGAUGAGGGAGUUUGUUUCGAAGCACCCCGACUACAAGCAAGACAGUGUCAUCACCGAUGAAAUCAAUUAUAGCCUUCUUUGGGAAUGUAACAAGAUUGCAAAUGAAUUAAGUGAAUGCCCAGAGCUGCUUGGCUCAGGAUUUAAGAAAGCAAAAUAUAGUGGAAAUAAAACUGGCUCUUCCAGUUAAGUAUUUUGCUGCCAAAAAAAAAAAAAUUAUAUGUAUAGAACAUCUGAGUUACGUUAUUUGAGAAUUAGCUGCAGGACCAUGAUUCUCUCAGCCCACUGGUGUGGCGUGAAGACCAAAAUAAUGGUACUGUGCUCUCAGAUGGGCCCGGGAGCCUGAGAUUCACUAAAAGGUUUCCCAAUGGAUAUAGAGUUUAUAUAGUAUACAUGUACAUAGUGAAAUAUUUUUAUGAUCAACAAUGUAUUUUAAUAACAUUAUAUCUAAAGUCUUUGUGAACUGGCUUGUACAUUAAAAAAAAAAAAAUCCUUACUCUGGGAGGAGCUGCUGUCCAAAACAGUUUUGUAAAUGUAAUGUAUUGGUAUCCCUACCGUAUACAUGCAUUCCAGAGGCUGAGAUGUUUACUGUACAUUUUUUUUUUUGUUCUGAAGAAUCUACCUUGUUUUAAAAAAAAAAAACAAAAAACAAAAAAAAAUUCAUCCUUAGGACCUGAUUCACUGAAAUUCUAUGUCACUUUAACAAAGUCCAGACUUUCCCUUCUUGAUUGCUUCUGAGUCAAUUCUUUUGUUGUGCAUAUUAAGUAAUUAAUAUAAUUCUCUUGAAAAGGCUUUCCUUUUAAUCUUUGCUUUCCAGCACCUUAUGUUCUAUGCUUCUUUUAUAAAGGGAAUAGUUAAGCCAAGUGGUCACCCUUGAAAACCCAAACUUUUGAAAAAACUAAAUGUGAUCCCACCACAGACUAAUAGCAUUUAUAAAGGAACAAUCAAUCCCCCCCCCCUUUUUUUUUAAGCUUUCCAGUCAUUUAAAGGCUUUAUGAAUUGAAAUUAGAUAAACAAAAGGGUAUCAGCUUGUUUUUUUCCUGGGUAAUAGAACUUUCUAAAAAUAUUAUUUUCAAGCUUUUUUUUUUUCCCUUUUUCUGUAAAUGCUAAGAAGAUUGGAAUUUACACUUGGGGCUGCCAAAUAAUUCUGGCUCUGAUUUUUGCUCUGAAUGCCCAUCUUCAAUUGUUCCUCUCUAUAGAUUUGCCAGUCAUAUAAAGCAAUCAAUCCAAUUGGAUUUCUUGAUUCUUGUCUCCUUCUUUUCCCUUCCCCAUUCCACACUUGACCCCAUUUUCUAGUAAGCAUGUAGACAAAGCUUUGCCUUCGAAAAGCCAUUCGCCCCACAGUUUAGCUGGGAAAACACUAUGCACUGCUUACUUUCUGGAGGAAUCUUCUAAAAAAAUCAUGGAAUGCACUAGGUUUGUGAAUCAGGAUCCUAAAUGUUAAAUUGUAAAUAAUUAAAAUUUAAGAUAAUUGUUAGUUGUCAUUAGUUUGUUGUGGGGAUUUUUAAAAAUGUAGUUAAAAUUCAGAAUUGCUUCUAAAAAUGACAAUGUAUUAUAGAUUAUGCAAAUCUUAAUACUGCAUAACUAUUUAAGUCCUAAUGCUAAUUUUAAAAGAAAUUACAAGAAGCUGCUCCUGGUAAAACUGUGUAUGUAUAAAUAUUUGGAUCUGUGCUCUAUCCAUAGAUGUAUUGUAGAGGAUUAACAGAGUUCUCAUUUUCUUUUGCAACUGGCUUGUGCUAAUCAGGUUGUAAAUGACAGAUAAGUUUGUGGUACAAAGAAAUAAAAGAAUGGAAUUUGCA